AUUGAUUGUCAAUUUCUACAGAUAUCGGACACAAAUUGUUCGGGAACCAUAAUGUCAGAUGUCCUCUUGUUCCAGUCGGCAUGUUUUUGUAUUCGCACUUCAUUCUCGCCCAACCAGUACAUUUUGUCAAACAUCAGUAGAGGCGCCAGGAAAUGGAGUUUGCUGAGCUAAUUAAGACCCCCAGAGUGGAUGGGGUGGUGUUGAGGAGGCCCUUCCUGCCCACAGUGGAGGGAACUCUCUGUCUGACAGGACAUCACCUCAUACUGAGCUCCAGACAGGACAACACAGAGGAACUCUGGCUGCUUCAUGCUAACAUCGACGCCAUAGAGAAGAGGUUUGUGGGGUCUCUGGGCACCAUCAUAGUCAAGUGUAAAGACCUCAGGGUGAUUCAGCUGGAUAUCCCUGGCAUGGAAGAGUGCCUCAACAUCGCCAGCUCUAUCGAGGUUCUGUCCACACUGGACUCUGUCUCUUUGAUGUACCCGUUCUUCUACCGGCCCAUGUUUCAGGUCAUCGAGGAUGGAUGGAAGUCUUUCCUUCCAGAGGAUGCUUUCAAAGACUUGGAGUCCAUGACUGAAGAGUGGCGUCUGAGUGACGUGAAUAAGGACUACAGUGUGUGUUCCUCCUACCCUCCUCUGGUGGCCGUACCUAAAGAUGUGGAUGACGACACCCUAAGGAAAGCUGCCGCCUUCCGCCACGGGGGACGCUUCCCCGUACUCAGCUACUAUCACAAGAAGAACGGCAUGGUGAUGAUGCGUUCAGGCCAGCCGCUGACCGGCACCAACGGGCGUCGCUGUAAGGAAGACGAGAAGUUGAUCAACGCCACGUUGCGGGCGGGGAAACGCGGCUACAUCAUCGACACGCGUACCGUCAGCGUAGCACAGCAGGCCAAGGCACGGGGAGGAGGGUUCGAAUCAGAGGCCAACUACCCACAGUGGAGGAGGAUUCACAAGGCUAUAGAGAGGUCCAGUAUUCUCCAGGAGAGCCUGAUAAAGCUGGUAGAAGCCUGUAAUGACCAGAGCCACAGUAUGGACCGCUGGCUCAGUAAACUAGAGGCUUCUAACUGGCAGACUCACGUCAAGGAGAUCCUCACUACUGCCUGUCUGGCUGCUCAGUGCAUCGACAGGGAGGGUGCGUCAGUACUUGUGCACGGGACAGAGGGGACAGACUCGACCCUACAGGUGACGUCUCUAGCUCAGAUCAUCCUGGACCCAGCCUGCAGGACCAUUCAGGGAUUCCAAGCUUUAGUGGAGAGAGAGUGGCUCCAGGCGGGCCAUCCGUUCCAGCAGCGUUGUUCCCAGUCAGCCUACAGUAAUAGUAAGCCUCGUUGUGAAGCCCCGGUGUUCCUGCUCUUCCUAGACUGUGUGUGGCAGAUCCUCCGCCAGUUCCCCUGCUCCUUCCAGUUCUCGCAACACUUCCUGGUUCUGCUGUUCGAACACGCCUACGCCUCGCAGUUCGGGACCUUCAUGGGCAACAGCGCCUCCGAGAGGUCUAAGUUGAACCUAUCUCAGAAGACAGUCUCUCUGUGGUCAUGGGUGAACCGGCCCCAGGAGGUGGAGAGGCUGUCUAACCCGCUCUACGAGGCCAACUGUCUGGUUAUAUGGCCCUCCGUAGCCCCUCAGAGCCUGCUACUAUGGGAAGGUGUGUUCCUGCGUUGGAAGCGCAGCUCCAGGUGUCUGGAUGAGGCGUACGACGAGAUGGUUCAUAUCAUACAGUACAACAAAGAGCUGCAGAAUAAAGUCAACAACCUCAGGAGACAGCUGGCCCAACUGGAGACUGAGGAGCCUCUGCUGCAAACACCGUAGAGGAGAGGAGAGGAGAGGGAGGGAGGGGUGGUGGAGAGGAAGAAGAAGAGUGGGAGAAGGAGAUGUGAAGGAGGAAAAGGGAGAAGGAGAGGAGGAAGAUUAAAGCAGAGGUAACAACACUAGGUUACUACUCCAGAGACCUGAGGCUGUAUGUAUUAAACAUCAUGGACAGGAUAGACCUGAUCCUAGAUCAGCACUCCUACUCUAUCUAAUGUUAUUCAUUAUUAUAUUAAAGGCCUUAUUGACGCUCCUACUCUGAACUGCUUGGCGCAUAACGGUCCCAGAAGAAGAGAACGAUAUGAACUCGGACGGGGGUCGAGGGACGGGGGAACGAGGGACGGGGGACGGGGGUCGAGAGAUUUUUGAGUACUUAAAAAAAAAAUACAAAUAAAAAAAUGCUUCCUCGUCUUUUAAGUAACGCGGUUGAUUCCUUGCUUUACACCAACCCGCUGGUGUUAGGUCAGUGCCUGCUGAAAGGGCGAGAGAGUUCUCUGGAGCAGGGCUAAAGCCAAGUAUAUCUAUCUCUAUCUAUCUAUAUUACAGACAUGUAUAGAUAUGCUCCUCAUGCUACCCCUGGUCACCAGCCAGCAGCUGCCCAACCACACCCAGGCUCUUAUUGAAAGGGGCUCUUAUUGCUGGAUAUGAGGAGACUGCAGCACUACUCUGAGUAACCACGGCAACACGUGCCAGUAGCUGCACUGUGUACACAAUACUGACUACAGACCCACGUACACACUGACUACUAUAGAACACACAGACCCACACACACACACCUGACUACUUUAGGACACACAGACCCACACACACUGACUACUUUAGGACACACAGACCCACACACACACACUGACUACUUUA